UAUAGAUCAACACAUCAUCUUGCCUCUCAUGGGUUCUAUGAAUUUUUAAAUUGGUUUGAUGAGAGAGCAUGGUAUCCACUAGGAAGAAUAGUAGGCGGCACUGUUUACCCAGGAUUGAUGAUAACAGCUGGCCUUAUUCACUGGAUUUUAAAUACAUUGAACAUAACAGUCCAUAUAAGGGAUGUCUGUGUGUUCCUUGCACCCACCUUUAGCGGCCUUACCUCUAUAUCUACUUUCCUGCUGACGAGAGAACUUUGGAACCAAGGAGCAGGACUUUUAGCUGCUUGUUUCAUUGCUAUUGUACCAGGUUACAUAUCUCGCUCAGUAGCUGGAUCCUUUGAUAAUGAAGGCAUCGCAAUUUUUGCACUUCAGUUCACAUACUACUUGUGGGUAAAAUCUGUAAAAACUGGGUCAGUUUUUUGGACAGUGUGCUGCUGCUUGUCGUAUUUCUAUAUGGUCUCUGCCUGGGGUGGUUAUGUGUUCAUCAUCAACCUUAUCCCACUGCACGUGUUUGUGUUACUCCUGAUGCAGAGAUACAGCAAGAGAGUCUACAUCGCAUAUAGCACUUUCUACAUUGUGGGUUUAAUAUUAUCCAUGCAGAUACCCUUUGUGGGAUUCCAGCCAAUCAGAACAAGUGAACACAUGGCAGCAGCAGGAGUCUUUGCGCUGCUGCAAGCCUAUGCUUUCUUGCAGUAUUUGAGAGACCGCUUAACAAAACAGGAGUUCCAGACCCUUUUCUUUUUGGGUGUAUCAUUAGCUGCAGGUGCUGUGUUCCUUAGUGUCAUCUACUUGACUUACACAGGUUACAUUGCCCCGUGGAGUGGCAGAUUUUACUCCCUGUGGGACACUGGGUAUGCAAAAAUACACAUUCCCAUUAUUGCAUCUGUGUCUGAGCAUCAGCCUACGACGUGGGUGUCUUUCUUCUUUGAUCUGCAUAUUCUUGUAUGCACCUUCCCAGCAGGCUUGUGGUUCUGCAUCAAAAAUAUCAACGAUGAAAGGGUGUUUGUUGCUCUGUACGCAAUCAGCGCUGUCUACUUCGCGGGCGUGAUGGUGCGGCUGAUGUUGACUUUGACCCCAGUUGUUUGUAUGCUGUCUGCAAUCGCCUUCUCCAACGUUUUUGAGCACUAUCUGGGGGAUGACAUGAAAAGAGAAAACCCCCCAGAAAAAACUGAAGAAGGCUUAGGUCCCAAUAUAAAAAGCGUUGUCACCAUGUUGAUGCUGAUGCUCUUGAUGAUGUUUGCAGUCCAUUGUACCUGGGUCACAAGCAACGCCUAUUCCAGUCCGAGUGUGGUCCUGGCCUCCUACAAUCAUGACGGCACCAGAAAUAUCUUAGAUGAUUUUAGAGAAGCUUACUUCUGGCUAAGGCAAAACACAGAUGAGCAUGCCCGAGUGAUGUCUUGGUGGGAUUAUGGCUAUCAGAUCGCUGGGAUGGCCAAUAGAACGACUCUGGUGGACAACAACACGUGGAAUAACAGCCACAUUGCACUGGUUGGAAAAGCAAUGUCUUCAAAUGAAAGUGCAGCCUAUAAAAUUAUGCGGAGCCUGGAUGUUGAUUAUGUUCUGGUUAUUUUUGGAGGUGUUAUUGGCUACUCUGGAGAUGAUAUCAACAAGUUUCUUUGGAUGGUUAGGAUCGCUGAGGGGGAGCAUCCAAAAGACAUUCGGGAAAGUGAUUAUUUCACCCCACAGGGAGAAUUCCGAGUAGACAAAGCUGGGUCUCCCACUUUGUUGAAUUGCCUUAUGUAUAAAAUGUCAUAUUACAGAUUUGGAGAAAUGCAGCUGGAUUUUCGUACACCACCAGGUUUUGAUCGAACACGCAAUGCAGAGAUUGGAAAUAAAGACAUUAAAUUUAAGCAUUUGGAGGAAGCCUUUACAUCAGAACAUUGGCUUGUUCGGAUAUAUAAAGUGAAAGCACCCGAUAACCGAGAGACGCUAGACCACAAACCUCGAGUCACCAACAUUAUCCCCAAACAGAAGUAUUUGUCAAAGAAGACUACCAAAAGGAAGCGUGGCUACAUUAAAAACAAACUAGCUUUUAAGAAAGGCAAGAGAACAGCCAAGAAGACUGUUUAACGGCUCCGUUCUGGUUCCUGACUUGAAGCACUUGUCCUUGUGAGAACCGGUCUUUGCCUUUAGCUCAUGUCAUGUUUCACAGCAACAGAGGGUACAGAACCAUCACUGGUCCAGGCUAAUGUACAAAAUUUCCUGACAAUGCCUGAUUUAUAAAAUAAAAUAAAAUUGGCUUCUUGAA